AUGGCCUGGAGACAGACAGCCCGCUUAGUAAGAGACCCGCCAGUAUUAUAUCCUCCACAUUCAAAACUCACAGAUAAAGAGAAAACCAAUAUUUGCUAUUUGUCUUUUCCAGAUUCUAAUUCAGGUUGUCUUGGGGACACACAGUUUUGUUUUAGAUUUCGACGGUCUCCUGGAAGGAAAGUCUCCCUGUGUUGUUUUCUGGACCAAUUGGAUAGAGAUCUACCAGUUUACUUAAAGAAAGAUCCAGCAUAUUACUAUGGCUAUGUGUAUUUCAGACAAGUUCGAGACAAGUCGUUAAAAAGAGGUUACUUCCAGAAGUCACUCGUCCUCAUCAGCAAACUACCUUAUGUCCAUCUCUUCCGCACCAUGCUUAAGCAAAUAGCGCCAGAGUAUUUUGAAAAAAGUGAAGCUUUCCUGGAAGCAGUUUGUAGUGAUGUUGAUCGUUGGCCACCACCAAUUCCAGGAAAAAUACUGCAUUUGCCUAUUAUGGGCAUUAUAAUGAAGUUGCGGAUUCCAACAUAUCGUGACAAGUCUGGAACAACGCCAAUAGUACAGAAUAUGCACCAGGCAGAUGCUCAGAUCUCUGUGGCUUUACCAACUGUUCAUGAAGUAGAUCUUUUCAGGUGUUUCUGUCCAGUGUUCUUUCACAUUCAGAUGCUUUGGGAACUGGUACUGCUAGGAGAACCGCUCGUUGUGAUGGCACCAUCGCCAUCAGAAUCUUCAGAAACCGUGCUGGCACUUGUUAGUUGCAUUUUACCGUUAAAGUACUGCAGUGAUUUCAGGCCAUACUUUACCAUCCAUGACAGUGAAUUCAAGGAGUAUACGACUCGCACACAAGCCCCACCAUCUGUCAUUCUAGGGGUGACGAAUCCUUUUUUUGCUAAAACACUUCAGCACUGGCCUCACAUCAUUCGAAUUGGAGAUAUUAAACUUCCAGGUGAAGUUCCAAAGCAGGUGAAAGUGAAAAAACUGAAGAACCUAAAAACUUUGGACUCCAAACCUGGUGUUUAUACCUCUUACAAGCCAUACUUGAACAGAGAUGAAGAAAUCGUUAAGCAGUUACAAAAGGGUGUACAACAAAAACGUCCUACAGAAGCACAGAGCGUGAUUCUUCGGAGGUAUUUUUUGGAAUUGACGGAAAGUUUCAUUAUUCCAUUAGAACGUUACGUGGCAAGCCUAAUGCCUUUGCAGAAAUGCAUAUCACCAUGGAAGAGUCCACCACAGCUGAGGCAGUUUAGCCAAGACGACUUCUUGAAGACACUGGAAAAAGCAGGACCGCAGCUCACAUCAGGCUUAAAAGGAGACUGGAUAGGACUUUACAGGCAUUUUUUGAAAUCGCCCAACUUCAAUGGUUGGUUUAGGAGUCGGCAGAAAGAAAUGACACAGAAGUUGGAAGCCCUUCAUUUAGAAGCACUCUGUAAUGAGAACUUGGUUUUCUGGAGUCAGAAGCAUACUGAAGUAGAAACAGUGGAUCUUGUCUUAAAGUUGAAGAAUAAACUGUUGCAGGCUGACAGAGAACAGCUUCCUGUGAAAACUGACACACUGAAAAAGCUGCAAACGCACAUCAAUGAUAUCAUACUAACGCUUCCAGAUGACUUACAGGACAUCUUGCUCAAAACUGGCACAACGUGA